AUGGCUUCCGUGAAGCAGAGCAAGAAGCUGCACGUCCUGCUCAUGCCGUUCUUCGCUACCAGCCACAUCGGUCCUUUCACAGACCUCGCCUUCCACCUCGCCGCGGCCAGGCCGGACGUCGUCGAGGCCACCGUCGCCGUGACCCCGGCGAACGCCUCAGUCGUCCGGUCGGCUCUCGCCCGACGUGGGCCCAGCGUUGCCGGCGUCGCUGUCGAGGUGGUGACCUACGCGUUCCCAGCCGUGGACAGCCUCCCGCCGGGCGUCGAGAACCUCUCGACGGUCGCGGACGCGGACGCGUGGCGCAUCGACGCGGCCGCGUUCGACGAGAAGCUGUUGCGGCCGGCGCAGGAAGGUCUAGUCAGGGAGCGCGCGCCGGACGCCAUCAUCACCGACAUGCACUUCUUCUGGAACGCCGACGUAGCUGCGGACCUCGGCGUGCCGUGCGUCACGUUUUACGCCAUAGGCACGUUCCCGUGCCUGGCGAUAACGCACCUGGCACUCGCCGGCGUCCACAACGCCACCGGCAGCGUGGUGACCGUCCCUGGGUUCCCAAGCCCAGACAUACGAGUCCCCGUUACCGAGCUGCCAGAGUUCCUGAGGAGCCAGCAAAUAAUCCCUCGCGCCACCGGGGACCGGACCGUCUCUGCGCAGAAAAGCUGCCUCGGCCUCGCCGUCAACACUUUCUUCGAGCUGGAGCAUGGGUACUGUGACAUGUACGUGCGCAAUGGCUUCGUGAAGCGCACCUACUUUGUCGGGCCCCUCUCACUGCCACACCACCGCCUGACCCACGUCUCGGAGGUCCAGCUCCGCGAGCUGGCUCUCGGGCUGGAAGCCUCCGGGAAGCUGUUCUUGUGGGUGGUCAGGGCUGAUACAUGGGCGCCACCGGAGGGGUGGAGGGAGCGUGUGGGAGACAGAGGGAUGGUCGUCACAGGGUGGGCGCCACAGACGGCGAUCCUAGCGCACCCGGCGGUGGGGGCGUUCGUGACGCACUGCGGUUGGAACUCGAUCUUGGAAACCAUAUCAGCUGGCGUGCCGGUUCUGACCUGGCCAAUGGUGGUCGAGCAAUUCAUCACGGAGCGGUUCGUGACGGAAGUGCUUGCGAUCGGCGAGCGCCUGUGGCCGGAGGGUGCCGGGGUGCGGAGCACGAGGAGCGAGGAGCAUGAGCUGAUUCCUGCCGAGGCGAUAGCACAAGCGGUGACCGCGUUCAUGGAGCCCGGCGGAGGCGCGGGGGCUUGGCAAGGUCCAGAGUGA